AUGGAGAUACAAGUGGAAAAGAAAGAAGGUGAGAUGAAGGCUGGGUGGUUAGACGCAAAAGGGAGUAAAGGAGAGUUUGACGAGAAAAUUAGAAGUGUUGAGAGAUGCAAGAUUGGAUCCACGCCACAAAACGAGUGGUAUUUUUUCAGUCACAAGGACAGGAAGUACCCGACGGGAUCGAGAACGAACCGAGCAACGAACGCCGGAUUUUGGAAGGCAACUGGGAGAGACAAGUGCAUAAGAAACAGCUACAAGAAAAUUGGAAUGAGGAAAACCCUAGUUUUCUACAGAGGAAGAGCUCCCCAUGGCCAGAAAACUGAUUGGAUCAUGCAUGAAUAUCGACUUGAAGAUGGUGAUGAUGCUCAAGGAAACCUCAAUGAAGAUGGGUGGGUGGUAUGCAGGGUGUUCAAGAAGAAGAACUUAUUCAAAGUCGGGAACGAAAACUCAAACAUGAACUCAUCGUCCUCUGAUCACCAUCAUCAUCAACUCAACAAUUCAUCAAACCCUAAUCACUCUCGUUUCAUCCACAGAGAAAGCCAAUACCUAAUUCGCCAACACCACAAUCAACAACAAUCAUUUGAACUCAACAAGCCAGCUGAACUAGCCCUACAUUACCCCAUCCCCACACCUCCUCAAUACUCUCUUUUCCAGUCCCAAACCCUAGUCCCAAACUUCUCAAAUCUCCCCUCGGACUCGCCGAUGGUGAAGCAACUCAUGUCAAACCCUAGUCGCGAUGGUGGCGAGAGUGGCAAUGAGAGCCUUAGGUACCAUCACCACCAAAGUUGUGAGCCGGGGCUAGAAGUUGGGACUUGUGAACCCACACCUCAUCAUAUGGUUGUGGCGGCGAGAGAUGAUCAAGGCGGCUUGACCGAUUGGACAAUGCUCGACCGGUUGGUUUCUGACGAUUCCACGACGAAAGGGGUGAGAUUUGAAGAUGCAAGUCAUCAAAUUAAUCAGCUUUCUUUGCGGGGGGAGAUGAACUUUUGGGGGUAUGAAAAAUAGUUGUUAUUGUACGUGUAAUAUGGUGUUUGAUGAUUUGGUUUGAUUAUUAUUUUGUGGUUUGAA